GCCGUACCACUUUGACAUCUUUUUACCUUUAUUCUCGUCUAUCGGUCGUUUUUAUGUCACAUGACCAAGGAGGUAACAACGCCAAGGACGACCGUGGUCACAUGGACGAUGUGCAACGUAUGGAAUGCCGCCUUCUACGGUUGCUAGAUGAAUUUAACUCGGGCAACGCGUUAUCUUUCGGACCGAACUGUCCAUAUGAAAAACUGAAUGCUAUUCGUGAUCAGCAGGAAGAGUUGAUGCGACUGCAUUUCGAACAAGAUAAGAAGACCCAGUCGGUCAUAGACUCGAGUGCUAGAAGAAACCGAAGACCUGUUCAAUCGUUAAUAUCCGAUGAGGGUUGGAAGACGACUAAGGCCAACGUUGACAGCCUCAUAGAAAAGGUAUACUAA